CACGAUGGUCCAAAUCUCCAACCCAAAUUUGCCGUUUGGCGGCGUCGGCAACUCUGGCAUGGGCGCAUACCACGGACACAAGUCGUUUGAGGUAUUCAGCCACGCCAAGUCGGUGCAGUACAAGCACUUUAUCUUGGACAUUGCGCAGCGCUACCAGCCGUACACGCCCUUUGCGCGCCAGCUCCUCGGCGCGGCCUUGUUCCCGAUUCCCCGCUCGUGGCAGCGCGCGUCCGUCUUUGUGGCGCUUGUCGCGCUCGUCGGCAUUGUGCUUGCUAUCGUAUAUGCCUAAGCUUGUAUAUGCCCAAGUGCUUUUCUGGCUUUGUACAACCCAAUGAUAAUAUUCUACUCUAAAACGUCUAUUUAAUGAAUGUUCCGAGCAUUGACGAUCGGGCGACGCAUCUUUUGUGGACCUGGUCCGAAUCAAUAGUCGA